CAUCAUUCUGGUCUCUUCUCUCCUGGCAGAAUGCUCUCGUUCCAGCCAGCGCCGGGUCAGUUCGGCCCAGAGGUCCUGGAGCCCGGACUCAGGGUGUGGAGGGUGGAGAAGAUGAAGGCGGUGCCGCUGGAUCCCUCCGAGGUCGGCGCCUUUUAUAAUGGAGACUCCUACCUGGUGCUGGAGAACCGGGGCGAGCAGGGAGCCGACCUCCACAUGUGGAUCGGAGAGAAGUCCUCCCGGGAUGAGCAGGUGGCCUGCGCCAUGCUGGCCACCCAGCUGGACAACUUCCUGGGCGGUGACCCCGUCCAGCACAGGCAGGUCCAGGGCUUCGAGAGCCCAGAGUUCAUGGAGCUCUUCCCCAGAGGAGUCAGCUACAAGGACGGAGGCGUGGAGUCUGGCUUCAGGCGGUCACAGGACAGCGGGACGGUGCAGAGGCUGUACCAGAUCAAAGGGAAACGCAACAUCCGUGCCAAGGAGGUGGAGCUGGCCUGGAGCAGCUUCAACAAGGGCGACUGCUUCAUCCUUGACCUCGGAGAGACAAUCCUGUCGUGGACAGGAUCGCAGGCCAACAUCUUCGAGAAGCAGAAGGUGCGCGAGAUCGCUUCGCUGAUCCGAGACACGGACCGACACGGAAAGGCCCGCGUCGUGGACACCAGCGAGGGGGAGGAGCCUGAGGAGAUGCUGAAGGUUCUCGGCCCGAUGCCGGCGCUGGCAGAAAGCACGCCGGAGGAGGACAGCAAAGCCGACGCCUCCAACUCUGCUUCCCUCUACAAGGUGUCUGAUGCCACAGGCGCCAUGACGAUGACCAAGGUGUCAGAGAAGAGCCCGUUUACCAAGGAGCUGCUGGUCCGGGACGACUGCUUCAUCCUGGACAACGGAGCAAAUGGAAAAAUCUUCGUCUGGAAAGGUCACGGAGCGAACGCAGAGGAGAAGAAUGCUGCCCUGCGAAUGGCGGACAACUUCAUUGAAAAAAUGAAAUACCCCAGAAUGAAAACACAGGUGGAGAUUCUGCCUCAGGGGAAGGAAACCAUCAUCUUCAAGCAAUUCUUCAAGAACUGGAACUAAACAAAUCCUGCAAACCCGAAAUCAGACAGCAUCAAACACAAAACCUCUUCUAGUGUAUAAAUAUAUAUAUAUAGUAGAAUCCUGGCGUUUGUACAUAUUUCAAAGUUAGCAGCUUGUUUUGAAUUUUGGUAGUCAGAAAUGUGAUGCCACUUUUAUAAAAAAAAAACAACAGACAGACAAACAAAUCAAGACAAUAUCAAGAGAACUGGAUUUUUACAUAAAUAUAUAUACAUAUAUAUAUAUAUAUUUGCUCAACAGCAUCACAGAUUUGUCUGAAAUCGAAGAAUAAAUCUGAACGUUCUCACUGCUC